AGCAGUCGGCCAGCAGAUGAACCUGGCAGACAUCACAGAGGGUUAAAACUUCUCCUCAAACACACGGCGCUUCACCAAUUUCCUGUUUCACCUCGGUUACUUUUUGAAGUUCAGACUUGAGGCAGCGGAGAACGAGCCGACAGCAGCCGACAGCCGCGGACUGUCGCGUCGUCACCAACCAGCCGUCGCUCAUAAAAUGGCGUUCGUCAGAGGAACCUGUGAGAACCCUGAACGUGUCUUCACGAGUUAGUCGGCACUUGUUAAUUUAUUUGACGGUACUUGAGAGAGAGAGAGAGAGAGAGAGAGAGAGAGAGAGCUUCCGCCCUGUGGCAGCGGGACCCGACUCAGCAUCAACAUGCCCGAGGCGUCGAAGAUGAAGAAGCCCGACGUCAAGGUGGUCCUCCUGGGGGACAUGAACGUGGGCAAGACGUCGCUGCUGCACAGGUACACGGAGAGGAGGUUCAAAGACACCAUCAGCACCGUGGGAGGGGCGUUCUUCCUCAAGCAGUGGGGACCGUACAACAUCUCGAUAUGGGACACAGCUGGUCGUGAACAGUUCCACGGGUUGGGCUCCAUGUACUGUCGAGGUGCAUCGGCCGUCAUCCUCACUUACGAUGUCACCAACUGGCAAAGCUUAGCUGAGCUGGAGGAGCGCUUCCUGUCCCUGACUGACACCGCUCACCACGGCUGCAUUUAUGCCGUAGUGGGCAACAAGGCCGAUCUCACAGACUCAAAAGCCCAGCUGUCCCAGGACUCGGAUGGAGUGUCAGAGGAUCAAAUCCAGGAGGAAAUGACAAAACCACAGGUGCUGUCUGCAUGUCCAACACCCCCGGCCUCCCCCGCUUCCCUCUCUGGGAUGAGCCUAAACAAACAGGUUACCCGCGAGGAUGCGAUGGCAUUUUAUGGAAGAAUACUGCGCUAUAAGGGCCUGGAGGAGAAGGGCAGCCUGCCCGCAGAGAAGAUGUGCUUUGAGACGAGUGCCAAGACGGGUUACAACGUGGACACGUUGUUCGAGACGUUGUUUGAUCUGGUGCUGCCUUCCAUCCUGAGGAAUAGAAACGAGAACCUGCAGUCUCCCACAGUUGACCUGGAGGAGUGUAGGGGGGCCGGCAGCAAGCGGGCCAGAUCCACCUGCUGCUAGAAUCUGACAAACAAAGAGGUGGAGAGGUGGCUGCCUUACAGAGACUAGUUUUUAUCCAGGGCAAUCAACAGGUUGGUCUGAGGACCAAAUGCAUACUGUGAUUGUACUACUUAUCUGCCUUGACUGAGACCUAAUAGCAUUAAUGAUGUCCCAAUAACACACACACACACACACACACACACACACACACACACACACACACACACACACACACACACACACACACACACACACACACACACACACACACACACACACACACACACACACACACACACACACACACACACACACACACACACACACACACACACGUUCAUUUUUGAUGCUAUGAAGAUGGACAGAAAAAGCAACUACUGUUCAUACAUGUUCAGACAACAUCACACAACACAAUGACUGAAACUGCACUUUUAUCCCAAACAAUGUGUCGGUGGGCAAAUAAUACACACAAGUCAAUCACUGCUUUUUUUUAAAGUUUAAAAUUGAACAGCACUAAUUGUUAGUAGGGUGGAAUAUUUCACUGUGUUUAUUGAACUGUACGGUUUUCAUCAAUCACACUUCUGCUCUGAUGUUACCAGCAUUGAGACUGAUCUUUAUAUAUUAAUUGCCACUUUUGGGACUUUUUUCAAUCACUAAAUAGUGAAUACCACUGUUGUAUUUUUUUACAUACCUUGUCAUAAUAAAGAUUUUUUAUUUUGCA